GGAGGACAUGGAAGUGCAGAAUAUUCCCCUUGAGGAAGGGAAGAAGCAAUUUGAAGUUGUUGAUAAGGGUGAUGUUGUUAUUUUGCCUGCUUUUGGAGCUGCAGUGGAUGAGAUGUUGACUUUGAGUGACAAAAAUGUACAAAUUGUUGAUACAACUUGCCCAUGGGUGUCUAAGGUCUGGAAGACUGUUGAGAAGCACAAGAAAGGAGAUUACACCUCAAUCAUUCUUGGUAAAUAUGCUCAUGAGGAAACAGUAGCAACUGCAUCUUUUGCUGGGAAGUAUAUUAUUGUCAAGAAUAUGACAGAGGCAAUGUAUGUGUGUGACUACAUUCUUGGGGGUGAACUUAAUGGAUCUAGCUCAACCAAAGAGGAAUUUCUAAAGGAACUUAAAUAUGCAGUUUCAAAGGAGUUUUAUCCAGAUAGUGACCCGGUAAAGCUUGGCAUUGCAAAUCAGACAACAAUGCUCAAGGGAGAAACAAAAGAGAUUGGUAAAUUAGCAGAAAGGACAAUGAUGCGCAAGUAUGGAGUGGAAAAUGUUAAUGAGCACUUCUUAAGCUUCAAUACCAUUUGUGAUGCUACUCAAGAGCGCCAAGAUGCAAUGUACAAGCUGGUAGAGGAAAAUUUAGAUAUAAUGUUGGUGAUUGGUGGGUGGAACUCAAGCAAUACCUCGCACCUACAAGAGAUUGCAGAAGAACGUGGAAUCCCCUCAUACUGGAUUGACAGUGAGAAGAGAAUAGGUCCUGGCAACAAAAUCGCAUAUAAGCUGAAUCAUGGGGAGUUGGUUGAGAAAGAAAACUUUCUACCAGAGGGUCCCAUAACAAUUGGUGUAACAUCUGGUGCCUCUACUCCAGAUAAGGUUGUUGAGGAUGCCCUAAUCAAAGAGUUCGACAUCAAAUGUGAAGAGGCCUUGCAACUUGUGUAGUUAGGUUAGCUUCAGAUGUAUACAUUUGCCAAAAUAUCAGUGUAACCAUACAACUAAACAGGAGUAUAAUUGAAGAAUCUAUGUUAUGCA